AUGCCGCUGGCAGCUGCACCCAGACAUGCAGCAGCUGCACAUACGGAACUUCCCAGAUUGACCACUCGCCUUACACCAGCCUCCAUGCGUUCUGCAAGCGGCAGUGACCGUGCCAUGGGAUCCACAGCUUGCAGACUGCUGGUGCUUGUUCCACGUCCUCAAGGCAGUGGUCAGCAGCAGGCUAUGGCAGCGAGGGCUGAGAACCGGCAGGCAGAUCUGCUAGUCCCCACGUCCCCCUUCCAACCAGCGCACCGAACACCCAAGUUGCUAAGGUUGGCAAAAUUGAGGCUGCCAGUAACCACAAUGCCAAAAAUUCAGCAGAAGCCAGUAGCCACCAGACCUAGACCCUGCCGGAAACCAGCAAGUCCAAGGCAGAGUGCACCCACCAGCACUGAGGAAACACCAGCAUCACCUGCCCCGGUGCUGGUCCACGAGGCUGGAAGUGGCCCCGCAGACAAGAUGCAACCAGAUCCAAGUGUUCAGGAGGAAACAAGAGAUGCUGACGGGGCUUCUGCCUCAUGCUCCACACCACCACAACAGGCAUCAGAUGAUGAUGCCGAAGCUACUUGCUACUUUUCGUGGGGCAUGCUGGUUUCCAGGGACACUGAAGAGAGGGUACGCGCCUGGAUCAUACAGCACAUGUUCCUGACCUGCUUACUUUGCACUUCCACUGAUGUUACAGUGUUGGACGUGCAGGAAGUGAAGAACGAAACCAGUGAGAGAGAUACUGCGAGCCCUCAGAAUGAGGCGGACAGGCUGGAGCUCACGGAGGCACUGCCCCAUGCCAGCGUCUCCUCAGAAGGGAGACAGCCACAGUCAACUUGUGGUGCAUCCUGUUUUGGUCCUGCGCCACCCGUCCAUCGUGCUAAAGCCUCACAAAAGUCAACUGUGUUGGCAUCUCGGAGGCGUCCAGUAGCUGCAAGACCAAAACCCAUCCAGAAAGCAGCAGGUCCACAACAAGGCGCACCCUCCCACACUCUGCUAGCACCAAGAACAACUGCCCAGGUGCAAGUCCCCGAGGCUGGGAGUGGCCCCGCAGAUAACAUGCCACCAGGUCCCAGUGCUCAAGAGGGCAGAAGAGACUGUGAGGAGGCUCCCACCUCAGAUUCCCACACAGCACAACAGAUAGUUCCCUAUUUGCCUGGCCCUUUCCAGGCUGGGCCAGUUGCCUUGCGCUACCGAUGGGUUCCACCCUCCUUAUUGAGAGUGCACGUGGAGCUGUCCUGCAGUCUUUGCAAAUGCAACUACACUGUUAAGAAGAAUGUCAAGAGGAACUGGAAGAUACCCCUGAAAGGGAUGAUGAAGAAGAGGAUGCCAAAGUCCCAAUGAGGACACCAUCUGGCAAGGCAGAGGCCUGGCCUCCAGCUCCUGCUGUGGCUGUGAGCCCUCAGAAUGAGGUGGACAGGCUGGAGCUCACGGAGGCACUGCCCCACACCAGCAUCUGAGAAAAGGAGCCAGGAGACUUGCAUGGUUAAACAGGGAACCGCUGGGCAAGCUCAAGUGGAAGAAGAGAGCGUCCAGAUCUUGGAAGGAAGGGCUGGCCACCUGGG